AUCUAGCUCUAAACACAAGAAAAACACACAGCCUAGUCCAAUCGCGCACGCGCCGGAGAGCGAGUUCCCGGCGAAAUUUCAAUUUUCUAAAUUCUUUUUCCUUACUAAUUCCCUCUCUUCCCUUAUAUACCGCCUAACAGAAAAAUCUCUGCAUCCAAUCUCAGAUUCUCGAGAAAAUUACUCUUCAUAAAUCUCUCUCUAUAUCGCCGGAUGACUUCGGAGCUCAUUUUCCGCGGCCACGACGAGGCCCAGCCGGUGGCCGACGCCUACUCGCCGAAGCCGCUGAAGCCGUGGUUCGCCGUGGCACGGCCGAUUCGCUACAUCCUCCGCGAGCAGCGCCUCGUCUUCGUCCUCGUCGGCAUUGCCAUCGCCACCCUCGGCUUCACCCUCCUCCCGCCCUCCCGCCCUCCCCGCUACGCUCCUAUCUUUAACUCCUUGCCGGAGAUCGAGACCUCCUCCCACCUCUCUCACCACCGUCCCCACUACGAACGCCGCUUCGGGAUUCAGAACUGGAACUCCGGAGGGAAGAUUCCUUUGGGGCUUAAGAGGAAGGGCCUCCGGAUCGUCGUCACUGGUGGGGCCGGCUUCGUCGGGUCCCACCUGGUCGACCGUCUGAUCGAACGCGGCGACAGCGUGAUCGUCGUCGACAAUUUCUUCACCGGAAGGAAGGAGAACGUGAUGCAACACUUCGGAAACCCUAGGUUCGAGCUCAUCCGGCACGACGUCGUCGAGCCUCUCCUCCUCGAGGUCGACCAGAUCUACCACCUCGCAUGCCCCGCCUCCCCUGUUCACUACAAGUUCAACCCCGUCAAGACCAUUAAGACCAAUGUAGUAGGGACUUUGAACAUGCUUGGGCUUGCCAAGCGAGUGGGCGCUCGGUUUCUGUUGACCAGUACGAGUGAGGUGUACGGUGAUCCUCUGCAACACCCUCAGGUGGAGACCUACUGGGGAAACGUCAAUCCAAUUGGUGUCCGAAGUUGUUACGACGAGGGAAAGCGUACGGCCGAAACGUUGACCAUGGACUACCAUAGAGGUGCUGGCGUUGAGGUUAGGAUUGCCAGGAUCUUCAACACUUAUGGGCCAAGAAUGUGCAUAGAUGAUGGCCGUGUUGUUAGUAACUUUGUUGCCCAGGCAUUGAGGAAAGUGCCUCUGACUGUUUAUGGUGAUGGGAAGCAGACAAGGAGUUUCCAAUAUGUUUCUGAUCUGGUGGAGGGUCUUAUGCGCCUCAUGGAAGGAGAACAUGUAGGACCUUUCAAUCUUGGGAACCCCGGUGAAUUCACCAUGCUUGAACUUGCCAAGGUUGUCCAGGAAACAAUUGACCCAGAUGCGAAGAUAGAGUACAAGCCCAACACAGAGGAUGACCCCCACAAAAGGAAACCUGAUAUUACAAGGGCUAAGGAACUUCUGGGCUGGCAACCAAAGGUAUCCCUACGCAAGGGACUCCCUCUAAUGGUCAAAGACUUCAGGCAACGCAUUUUUGGCGACCACAAGGAAGGUGGUUCUUCCAAUACUGCAUAAUCCCAAGUUUAAGGGACUAUACUUUGAAAGUGGUACCGAGGGACGAGAAUUGUUUACUUGCAAAAAAAGAAAAGUAAAAAAAAAAAAAAAAAA